GGUUCAUCUGCAUAAGCCAAUGCCCGGCGACAUCACGGCCUUCUUCCAUUGCAAAACCCUUUCCCCUCCCAGUUCCAGCGGAGCCAGGAUUCCUCACACCCCACCCCACCUGCAGUGAGAAACCCCAACACAAACCCAGAUAUGAAAUCACUGUAGGCUAGGAACCAAACCACCACUGCUGUCUCUCCCGCGGACUCCGGCCAUGUCCUCGCCACCACUGGGUGUAGGCACUGUAGCCGGCGAUGGGGUCGACGUCCGCGCAUCUUCACCUGGCGGGCUUCGACGGAUUCACGUUCACGAGGGCGGCGACAUCGGCAAGCUCCCCGUCGUCGAGCCGUCCUCUCGCAGUGGGCGCCGCAUUGCCCCCCUCGCCAAGGAGCCCCCCAGCCGCGGCGUCGCCGAGCCGUCUUCUCGCUGCGAACGCCACCUCAUCAAGGCCUCCACCCGCAGCCGCGUCGUCUCCAACCGUAGGGGGCUUGCUCGUCGUCAAGCUCGCCAGACCGCGGUCCGCGCGCCUCCCGCCGUGUUGUGCGUGAACCCCCGCGGGGCCAGCCCGCGCCCGGCUGCUGCUGAGGAUAUGGGGUCAUCAAGGGAUGAGCUCGUCGCCGUCUACAAGGGUGGCCGAAUUCUGUACCUCGCCUACUUCCGUACCUUCAAACGUGCAGACCAUCCAGGCGUCACCCUCUCACCGCGACUGAGCACGACCCCUGACGGCGACCACCAUGGCGAGAUCGUCUGGCCUGCACCCUCGCGCUCCUUGCUCGGCGGCUGCAGAGCGGAAGGCGCCAGCCGACACGGUGUCCAUCGCCGCGGACUCCGACAUCCCUCACCCUCAGCUCGUCAGCCACCCAACCUUUACCAUCUCCUGGAGGAUUCUGUCAGUGGUCUGGUAGACUCUACAAUAGCUAUGCAAAUCUUUGAUCACAAGAGCAAUGAUAACGAGCUAAAGUUCUCUCAGGAAGAAAAAAAAGAUAUGAUUGAGUCGUUUGGUAAACUGAAGGUGUCCAAAGUGAGGAGUGAAUUCCUGAAGAUGGAAAAGAGCUUUAUGAAACUGAUAGAGUCAUCUGAUAAGGCCAUAGAGAGACAGAUAGUUGAUUCAAUAUAUUCCUUCGCACAAGACAACCAAGCGUGGUUGGAAUACAAAGCGCUAUCUGAUCCCAGUAGCGAAAGUGACAACUCUGAAGUUGAUCCAAGUUAUAACCCUGAAUCUGAUGGGGAUGACCUGGAACCUGGUAAUUCUGGUACUAUCCAAGGUAGCAAUGACGGUGAUGAUGAUGAUGGUGGUGGCGGGGAUGAUGAAGAAGAAGAUGACGAUGAAGAGGAUGAUGACGAUGAGGAGGAAAAUGAAGAGGACGAUGAUGAAGAGGAGGAUGAGGAAGAGGACGACAAUGAAGAGGAGGACGAGGAAGAGGACGAUGAAGAGGAGGACGAUGAAAGAGGAGGAUGA